UAUGCCUUUCUAUCAAAAACCAAAAACAUUCACCCCUUUAUUAUUAGCAGCUGAAAAAAAAGCUAUUAAAAACGGUGUACAUAAGGCAAUAUUUACAUCACGUUUCGAUAAAUACGUCGGCGAUUGGAAUAAAGAUUUAAAAGAAGGCAAAGGAUUAUUUUUAACAUUCACUGGAAAAUUGUACGAAGGAGAUUGGUAUAAAGGUUUUAGGCAUGGGUUUGGAACUCUCAGUAAUAAAUUGGCUAAUGGGACCUUUAGUCUAGAAUAUAGAGGUGACUGGAUAAAGGGAAAACCGGAAGGGAUAGGUUGGAGGUACUACGAAAAUGGAGAUGUUUACUUUGGAUUUUGGAAAAGAGGUCGUCGACACGGCUACGGAAAAAUAUGGUAUAAAGAUAGUACUUUCUACGUCGGAUAUUGGAAAAUGGAUAAAAAAGAUGGACUUGGAAUGUUUGUUCAAGCAAAUGGCAAUCGUUACGAGGGUCAUUGGGCUGAUGACUUCAGGGACGGAUUAGGUCGUUUCUACCAUUUACACACUGGUCAGCUGCAAGAAGGAUGCUGGAAGCGAGGAUUGUGUAUUCAAUCGAAGAUGUGUGACAUAAUUAUCCGCCAAUUUUGCGAUCUACCCACACCGUAUCCUAUUCCGCAGGAAAUGCUUCGGAAUUCACGUAAACUGCUCGAAGAAAGUGAACUUUGGCUAAAACAACAAAUAGGAGAAAUCGAUAAAAAUUUAAAAUACUGCAUUGACGAAAUGUAAGGUUUAUUGCGAAAUACAAUCAGAUCAUCAUAAAUAUAACAACAUCGUUUAAAUCAUCAUUAAAUGAUAUUCUAUUUAAUAAACCUUAUGUAAAGAAAAUAAACAGAACUUUAUUACUAUGUCAUUAUCAUAUCACAGUAAAUUAUUUGAUUACUUAAGUAACUUACAAUCAAUAAUGUAAUUUUAGUUCAAUUAAUUAUUUAUAUAAAUUGAUAGCACUAUUUUUAUACAUGAUUAAGUUAUUGGUAACAUUGUUUAAGAUAUAAUUUACAAAGACAUUAGUUCUUAUCGAGUGUAAAAAGUUUAGUAACACGAUAAGUCGACUUAUAUAUAUUAUACUGUCCUGUUAAGUAAAAACCAUUAGU